AUGCAUGGACUGGAGGAGGUUGACAAGGAAUAUUUCGCAGUUCGUAGUAAACUUGAGUUGUUGGUUGAAGACGCUGAAUUGACGAAACACGCCAAUUCGGAUUCAGACGUGAAGCAAGAGGCAUUGGAACAUCUGGACAAUGAGAACAAUCGACUAUUGCAGCAAUUUGAAGAUCAUUUCUAUGUGCUUAAAGCAUCCAUGAUGACAUUGUUGCCGAAUUUCUUAUCGCCAUUACAGUUAGGGGGGCACCAAUCAUCGAUUGCUGGAGAUGAUGGUUCUGGUACGCACCAAGUAGCGACAUUUUCGAAGGUAAAGCUGCCUGAAAUCCGUCUGCCGUCAUUCAGUGGCAAAAUUUUUGAGUGGGUAACCUUCCGCGAUUCCUUUCAAAGUAUGAUUCACAGCAAUUCUCAGCUGACUGAUAUGGAUAAGUUUACAUAUCUGAGGUCGUCGUUGUCUGGUCAUGCACUGCAAGAAAUCAGUUCAGUAGGAUUGUCUACCGUCAAUUAUAUUGUUGCGUGGGAAAUAUUGAAGAACCGAUAUGAGAACAAAAAACUCACCGUGAAAGCUCACCUGGGUGCACUUUUUGCCAUUGAAGGUCUCAAAAGGGAGAGCUACGAGAAACUCAAACAACUCACUAGCGACUUUGAGAAAACGCCACCAAGUAGCGACAUUUUCGAAGGUAAAGCUGCCUGA